AUGUUUCAACAAACAAACACAGCACCUAGCACAACACUUCUCGACAUUCUUUGCCCUGGCUACUCCUAUAAGGAUUUGGUCGAAAGCACCAAGGAGGGAACAGACCAAGUGCCCGACAAGCCCGAGGGACUCGAGGAACUUGGUAACAGUCUCGACAAGAAAAACGAGGCGCUAUUCGGGAUGGGUGUGCAUGUUCGGAGAUUCAUCGAACAGGUGCAGGACUUCUUGCCCAACUUUACGGAGGGUAGGACUAGGGAGGAGUAUUCUGCGUCUUCGUUUCUGAGAUCUGCCGCCUUGCAGUUAUUCGUCGAACUAAAAAAGCACUACAGGAAUGGACCGAUCGAUCUUCGCAAUAAGAGAGAGCAGGAAGUGGAGGGUCGUCUCGAUUCGUUCUAUGGCAAUGUGGUCCUGAAGAAGCACAAGUGGAACGCUAGGGAGACUCGAGCAGAGGAGUAUAGAUUGAUCGCCGAUCAUCUUGUACAUAUUGUUGGAGGGUCGACAGGGGCCAAGGGAGACGAGGACAACAAGGUCGUUAUUGGCGUGGGUCUCGGGAAGUUUUCUUCCAAGACUGGAUUGUCAUCUUUGCAUGAGUCCUUCCAGUCGUACCUUGUUCAAAAAGAGUUCGUUGGCCAAGUUGACCUCCGCCGCCUGUAUUGUUUAAAGUGUCAAAAGUACAUGCACCGCGACAUCAUGGCCGGCCACAACAUGUGUAAUGCCAUUCGAGGACACUUGCUCGAGCAACAGCGGCCACUCUACCUUCAGCCCCAGGGCAGUGACGAAAAUUAUCCCUGGAUGCAGGACAAGCAUAGUUCCAGGCCACGCCCCGGAGGGUAUGCUAAGGUGUCGUGGAGAUUUCGGUCUCCUAUCCUCGUACUCUUCUGCGGCCCCAUUCUGUCACGGAGCGACCAAAAUAUCUCGGAAGUGUACCCUUCAUUGACGCAGAAGCUUGUUGAAGAAACUCGGAACCGGCUCACUCUGCAAGGAUACGAACACCGAGAGGUCCAGGAAGAUUUGCGAUCUACAUUCGAGGAACACCAGCACAACCUCGCUCAGAAUUAUGUUGACCCCACUACCGAUCUGGAGCAUUAUAGAGUAUUGAACCAGGAGUUGACUUGGGUUGUGGAAAGCGUUGAUCUAAUGGAGCAUUUUCGUGCGUUCAGGCCACAGCACCUCCAUGAUUUCUCCUUGGCUCGAGAUGGGAUCGCAGACAUGAGACCUGGUUCCAAGAUCGAGACCAGGUCCCUGGAGGUCCUUAUCACGGGCGUGCAGGAGAGAAAGAACCACGAUAAGGAUCCCCUCAUUGAGGCUAAACAGGUUGGUCAGUAUGCUGAUGGAGUGACCUUCUGUGGCUCUUCUCAGUUGUAUUUGUCCGAGGCAUCGACAAUCCACAACCCGAAGGCCGACAAAUGUGUACGGGAUGAGUUCAAGCUGGCAAGGGCCAUGCGAGACUCGUGGAUAAACCAAUUCGAUGCAUUUCUCGUGCCUUUGAAGAAGCAGGAGUUCGGCAUUAAGGUAAAAGCGGCUGUGACGAGGUGCUUGGAGCUGGCACUUCGAGUCGGGGAGGAGAUUGAGGCUCGCUUAGAAGACGUGUCAGUUAUUGACUACGAAAAGCGUAUUAAGCUGGAGGAUGCAGCAAGUGCAAUUGAGAGCACGACAGCUUCGCCUUCAAAGGGUCGGACCAAGAGACAUAGGUCUGAGUCCAUUUGA